UUCAGCUUCCUACUGUGACUAUAAAAGCACACACACACCACAGCUCACAGAGCUGUCUCCCAGCCCUUCUCUGAGAGUCCAGUUGUUGUGCAAGUCCACAAGACAGCAGAGUUAGAAGACAGGAUUCUGAGGAGCCUGUCCUGGUGAGAACCCAGAGAACUGUUGCCACCUUCACAGCAACCAUGGGAGAGAAUGCUGAAGGUGAUCAGGUCAAGGAGAAAUUGAUUGAACUGAAUUGUCACUUCACAUGGGUGCUGUUUUUCGAAGACCUUGACAUACCUGAUUUGGAAAUGAGGAUCUCUGAGAACCUUGAGUUCCUAGACAUCAAAAACCAAGUAGGGAUGCUCAACCUCAGGGCCUAUGUGAGACACCUGAAAGGCCAGCACGAGGAAGCCCUGCAGAGCUUGAAAGAAGCAGAAGCCUUGAUCCAGGGAGAGCAGGUGGGCAAGAGAAGCCUGCUGACCUGGAGCAACUGUGCCUGGGUACAUUACCACAUGGGCAGGUUGGCAGAAACCCAGACCUACCUGGACAAAGUAGAGAACACAUGCAAGGAAUUGGGCAGUCCCUUCCGCUAUAGUAUGGAGUGUGCCGAGAUGGAAUAUGAGAAAGGCUGGGCCUUGCUGAAGUGUGGAAGACAGGAUUAUCAUCGAGCUUUCGCCUGCUUUCAUAUGGCUCUGAGAGUGGAUCCUGAAAACCCUGAAUACAACCUUGGCAAUGCAGUUGCAGCCUAUCACAUAGACUUUGAUGACAAGAAUAUCUCUCUAGAACCCCUAAGAAAGGCUCUAAGGUUAAAUCCAGAAGAACCAAAUGUUAAAGUGUACCUUGCACUGAAGCUUCAGGAUAUAGGAUUAGCAGCUGAAGCAGAAACACACAUUGAAGAAGCCCUCAGUAGCACAUCCUGCCAACCCUACACAUUUAGCUCUAUAGCCAAGUAUUACCGAAGGAAAGGCUGCAUAGACAAGGCUCUCCCUCUGCUACACAGGGCCUUGCAGGAGUCACCUGCCUCUGGCUACCUGCAUUACCAACUAGGGCUCUGCUACCAUAGACAAGUGAUGCAACUGAGGACAUCCACCGAUAAGCCGGCCCAAAGGCAGGCGGCACAACAGGCCAUUCUUGAAUUUCAAGAGGCUGUGAAACUCAGGCCCAGAUUUGAGAUGGCUUAUGUUUGCAUGGCUGAAGUUCAGGCAGAAAUCGGCCAACAUGAAGAAGCAGAGGCAAAUUUCCAGAAAGCCCAGAGCAUGAAGGAACUGUACACGAAUCUUGAGUGUCACAAAGAGCAGGAUAUUCAUUUAUGAUAUGGCCGUUACCAAGACUUUCAUCGGAAAUCAGAGGAUGAGGCUAUCAGCCAGUACUUAACAGGUCUUAGUCUGAAUGAAGAAAACUUUGUCUGGAGGAAACUACUCAAAGCUUUGGAGGAAGUGGCCACAAGACGAGUUCACCAGAAUGUUCUGACUUGUGGAGAGCACUUGCUUGCUUGGGUUAGUCCACAAACUGAAAGGGGAUAGGAAGGAAGCCUUGCAAUUCUAUGAGAGGGCUCUGAGGCUCACUGGGGAAAUGAACCCUGAGUUCUGAAUGCAGCUCACAUCUGGGAAGUGAAUGUACUCAUAACUGAGAGUUCCCGGCCUCCUUCCCGGUUUCUUUCUCCAUCCUUUUUCACCCCUCAUUGUGAUGUCUAUAGGGAACUUGUACCCCACUGCACCUGCUCACUUACUGACCAGGACUGGCCCCUGCUGGUCUGCAUUCCCUUGAGCUGUAGGAUCCUAGGACAUCUUUUCCUUAUGUCUGUGUCUUGGGAAUGCAAGUCUUCCAUCCUCUGCCUGCCAGUGUCCUGGACAAAGAGGUCUUCUCCUAGGAAGCUUUUACUGUAGGUCAGAAGAUACUCUUAGUACAGUGCAGUGUCAGAGGAAACCAAGUGAGCAAAAGGGAGAGUUUGAAAGCUGAGAAGUCUCACCUUACUGCAGAAUCAUUCUUGGCUAAUAAGAGUCUUAAGUUUGGGAAAAGCCAAGCAGGGGAAACUUGCCAGGACCUUACAGACAGAAGAUGAUACAAGGAGAUUUGUGCAGGAUUUCUGUGCUAUUGAUAGUGUGUUAUAUGUGAUAUUUUACCCUCAAAUAAAUUAUAUUCAGUAAAAUUCCCUGAA